AGAGUCAUACAUUACACAAAAGACUUAUCCUCACAUCUGCCACUGCAUUGGCCUUCAAAUCUCUACCACCAAUCUAUAAUCCAGAACCAACCAAAAAAGAUCCCAUUUUUCACAAAUUUUCUCAAUCUUCACUACGACCCCAUAAAACAUCACACUUGCUUCUCUUUAUCUCUUCUUGCCUAUUCUUCUUCUUCUUCUGCAGCAUUAACACAACAACCAUGGCUGCAGCUGUAACUGCUGCUGUCUCAUUCCCAUCCUCCAAGUCCUCCUCUCUUCCCAGCAGGACCUCUAUAAUCUCACCUGAUAGAAUCACCCUCAAGAAGGUUCCUUUGUACUACAGAGAUGCCUCUGCUAGUGGGAGAGUGGUUUCCAUCAGAGCCCAGGUCACCACCACUGAGGCUGCUCCUCCUGCCAAGGUUGUGAAGGAAUCCAAGAAGCAAGAUGAAGGUGUGGUUGUUAACAAAUACAAGCCCAAAAAUCCCUACACUGCCAGAGUCCUUCUCAACACUAAGAUCACUGGUGAUGAUGCUCCUGGAGAAACCUGGCACAUGGUCUUCAGCACUGAGGGAGAGAUUCCCUACAGAGAAGGGCAGUCCGUUGGAGUAAUUCCAGAUGGUAUUGACAAGAAUGGGAAGCCUCACAAGCUAAGGUUGUACUCAAUUGCCAGUAGUGCCCUUGGUGACUUUGGAGACUCCAAAACUGUUUCUCUGUGUGUGAAACGGCUUGUGUACACCAAUGACCAAGGAGAAAUUGUUAAAGGAGUGUGUUCAAACUUUUUGUGUGACUUGAAGCCAGGGAGUGAAGUCACGGUCACAGGACCAGUUGGAAAAGAAAUGCUUAUGCCAAAAGAUCCUAAUGCGACCAUCGUCAUGCUUGCAACUGGAACUGGAAUUGCUCCUUUCAGAUCAUUCUUGUGGAAAAUGUUUUUUGAGAAGCAUGAAGACUACAAGUUCAAUGGUUUGGCAUGGCUCUUCUUGGGUGUUCCCACAGGUAGCUCACUGCUUUACAAGGAGGAAUUUGAGAAAAUGAAAGAGAAGGCCCCAGAAAACUUCAGGCUUGACUUCGCUGUCAGCAGAGAGCAAACCAAUGAGAAGGGCGAGAAGAUGUACAUUCAAACAAGAAUGGCUCAGUAUGCAGAAGAGCUAUGGGAGUUGCUCAAGAAAGACAACACCUACAUCUACAUGUGUGGUCUCAAGGGAAUGGAGAAGGGAAUUGAUGACAUCAUGGUGUCAUUGGCUGCUAAAGAUGGCAUUGACUGGACAGACUACAAGAAGAAGUUGAAGAAAGCAGAGCAAUGGAAUGUGGAAGUCUACUAAUUUCUGGUCACUUUGUACAAAUAUCUCUCUCUCUCUCCUUCUUUACUUAAAAGUUUAAACAGCAAUUCUUGAAUGAUUUCCACUGCAGUGUGUAGAUAGGUAAAGUCCUUGCAAAUUUUCUGUUUUUUUUUUCUUUUUUGCCAUAUGAAUGAAGCUGUUGUAUUAUACUAUAAUUAUGGCCCCCAAGAAUUUUAUUUCUGAGGGUCGAAUUUUACACUCUAGUGGAAGCCUGUUUCAACUUUUACA